CGCUUUCCGUGGCAAUAGACGGGACGCGCGGUGCGGGACUCGCGCUGCGUUUGUGGCUUUUUACCGACGUGUGAGAAAGUUUUGCGACUGGCAUAGAGCAAAGUCUGUGUGCGAGAGGAUUCGGCUGUUCCUCCCCAAGCCCCAACCACGCCUGAAAGACACUCUGGUCCGGCAAUGAUUUUCCUAACGAGCUUGGUGAGGAGCCGCCGUGCAUCCCGAGGAUCAUGCAGCUGGCGAGGGCGCAGCGUGCUUUUCUCCUGCCUUGUCAUUGAGGGCCUGCAGCCCCUGGGUCUGAGUUCUCGUCGUGUAUUCCCAGCACCAUUCCUGUAAGGAGUUGCUGUGGGGUUGUGUUUAGGACCACUUUGGUGUGUUGGACCCCAGUUCUGGCUCUCCUCUCAGUACGGACACAUCUUUGUUGCAGUUUUCCAUAGUCACUCUAAUGCAAAGUCCUCUGUGACCCGCGGGCAUCGUGGCUGACUGGAACUUUAAGCACAAAAUGGGUCUGAAAUAUGCUGGGUACGGGGUGUCAGGUCUGUGCCCGAAGAUGUGAACAUUUGAAUGUGUCCCAUAGGUUUGGAGUCAAAGGCAGAAAGGGAAGGAGUUGCAGUGGCUGCAGAACGGCGGCGCCGUGCAGUCACACAGGAAACCUCCAUGCCAGAACUUUGUCCUCUCUGGUUCAUCACACAGCGACAUCUGACGCCUCAAAGCCUGACACCUUCUUCCCACUGCCUGGCUCUGCCUGCGUCUGAGGCAUCAAGCACUGAGGACAUCCCAAGCAGUCACUCUCCGCUCACCAAGUGUGCAGUGAUGGAUUUCUCAUGGCCCUGGUAGUGCAACGCGUGUUGAGCAGUGCCUGCUCUAGCCUGAGAACGGACGGUCUGCAGGGAAUCAAGAUGACAACCGAACCUAUCAAAGAGAUCCUGGGCACCCCAAAGCACGCUGACCCCGCAACCACAGAGAAGAGUAAUAACAAUGACUGUGUGAUAACCACCAUCCCCCUGGUCAGUGAAUGCCAACUGACGGCUGCCACGGGGGGGGCAGAGCUCUCCUGUUACCGUUGCACUGUUCCCUUUGGAGUGGUUAUCCUCAUCGCCGGCAUCGUGGUCACUGCUGUGGCGUACAGCUUCAAUUCCCAUGGAUCAAUCAUCUCCGUGUUUGGAUUGGUCCUCUUGUCAUCAGGACUCCUCCUGCUGGCCUCCAGUGCCGUGUGCUGGAAGAUCAGGCAGCAAAAUAAGAAAGCAAAGAGGCGCGAGAGCCAGACGGCGCUUGUGGCAAACCAGCGAACCCUGUUUGGCUGAAGGCAGCUGCCAGGCGUGGGCAGCAUCAGAGCCUCACCGCCAGCCCUCCUGUUUUCCACAGGACAGACUGCAGCUUUUAAUUUAACUUUGGGAAUGAGCUGACACGGAAACGGAAUGGAUUAACAAAGGCUCUUAACAAGUCUGCAAAUGCUCUUAUUAUUUUUCUCACCGCAGAUGUAAUAGUGAUCCUUUCCAAGACGGAGGAAAAAAACCAAUUUUCCUGCACAGAAAACUGUUUCCAUAACUGCAGUUGCCAGAAGUGCUUUCUCCGAAGUGCUGCUCGUGUUGGAAAGGGGACUAUGAGACUGAAGACCAUAAUUUGAACUGACUGGAAAUGCCGGAGGUCUCCUCAAAUCCGCACUGUGACAUUUGACCAAGGGAUAACUCGUAGCAUUUGCAGUGGGUUAUGGCCAGAUUCUGCAGCUGACACUGAUACUCAACAAAAAGCAAAAAACAAAAGCAAUAGCAACCAAGCAAACUGCAGAUUGCUCAAUAAGCUGAUUCGUAUCUUUUAUGUAACUCUUCUCCCCCAAUAUCCGUGGUACUUCCCCUCCUCCCCCCAGCCUUUUUAAACCAACUAAUAUUAAUUUUGUCCCCUUAAUGAAUACAAAUAGAUAGAAAUGUGUCAUUAUAUUGUCUAACCUGAGUAACGAGGUAUGGUUAUCGCUUAAAACACAAAAAUCUUUUUUUUUUUUUUGUAAAUUAAAGUGGUCAGAUUUAGCACUUUUGGUUAUUUUGCUAUAAAAUUAAAAAGUAAAUUUCAUUAAAAUAAUAUUCAGUGCUGCUAGAUAUUAA